AUGUCUUACGCCGAUCUCAAGAACAAAGUUUUUUUCAUCACGGGCGCUGCCUCUGGGCAAGGUCGUGCAACCUCCAUCGCCCUGGCCCGUCAAGGUGCAAAGCUUGGCCUGCUGGACCUAAAUGACCCCCAAGAGGUCAUCGCCGAAGUUGAAAAGAAUGGGGGUGAAGCCAUAGGAUUCAAAGUCAACGUGACUGACUCUGCUGGAAUUGAGGACGCCGUUAAAGCAACCAAAGAGAAAUUUGGGAGAAUCGACGGUGCAGCAAAUUUGGCUGGAUGGAUUGGAACUCAAGGCUUCAAGGGAAAGGGGUAUGCACUGGAUGUCAUCAAGGAUGAAGAAUGGGAUUUGAUGAUGUCGAUAAAUCUCAACGGUGUCCGAAACAGCUUGUCAUCAGAACUGAGACAUAUUAGCGACAAUGGCAGUAUCGUGAACGUUGCAAGUAUUGCUGGGCAGAGAGGGUCUCCAUGGAAUGCUCCGUAUGGAGCUGCUAAAUGGGGUGUGAUUUCCUUGACCAAGUCGGCUGCACAGGAAGCUGGACCAAAGAAUGUCAGGGUUAACGCCGUGGCUCCUGGUGUUGUUGAUACACCUCUUGCCACUGCUCUUGGUCCUGCCGAUCUCGUUUUUCAGAGAAUGGUAUCGAGGAGUGCACUUCAACGACUUGCCCAGCCAGAGGAAAUCGCUAGUUGCAUCUUGUUUUUGCUUAGUGACUCGUCAAGCUUCGUCUCAGGAAGUGUUCUCAACGCAGAUGGUGGAUUCCAGUAG